CUGGUUAAUAUUAGUCAAACUUGUUUUCUCGAUUAAUAAGGUUUUGUUUUGUUUUUUUGAUAAAAUAUACACUUUUUUUUGGGGUUUUUGACCGUUCGUGUGUCAUGUUACGACUACCGGCGUCUAUGGAGAAAUCACCGCAAAGUUUUAAGAGAGAGAGAGAGUAAACGAAGAAAAUAAAGAAAAACAAAAAUCGGUUCUUUUUCCAGAGAGGUCUUAGGAGAGAGGAGAGAGAAAAUAGAAGGAACCGCUUUGUAUAUAAGCUAAGAAAAGCCAAAAACAUCUAGAGGCUAGAGGGGGAGAGGAAGAGAAGAAAAGAGAGAGCUUCUGUUUCUUAUCCGCCGGUAAUAAGACGACGACAGCGACGGCGGAAGCGGAGGAGCUUUUGUUGCCAAUGGCGGAUUCAAACAGCUCCGUUUCCGUCGACGUUGGAACGAUCUAUCUCGGUGGCAAGAUAUGUUAUGCUUCCAAGGAUUAUUCUUCUGCCCUGAAGCAGCUUCCUUGCUGCUACAUAACUUCUGCAUUUAUCACAUCAGUCCACCUGUUAGGAGCUGCUCCGAUUUGUCCUGAUGAUUCAGUCCCUUCUGCUGAAAAUUUGGCUGAUCAGAUCCUUGAAGUUCUCAACUAUUUCGGCCUUGGUGCUGUGAUGUGUAUGGGAGUGACUGCAGGUGCCUACAUCCUCACCUUGUUCGCGAUGAAACAUAGAGAAAGGGUUCUCGGUUUGAUUCUUGUCUCACCGCUUUGCAAGGCGCCGUCUUGGUCUGAAUGGUUUUACAACAGGGUUAUCUCAAACUUGUUGUAUUUCUACGGAAUGUGUGGAGUGGUGAAAGAAUUUUUGCUUCAGAGAUAUUUUAGUAAGGAAGUCCGUGGUAACAUCGAGAUUCCAGAGUCAGAUAUAGCACAAGCUUGCAGAAGACUGCUUGAUGAGAGGCAAGGCGUAAACGUUUUGAGAUUUCUUGAUGCUAUUGAUCGGAGACCUGACAUAUCAAGUGGAUUGAAGAAACUAAAAUGCAGGACACUCAUCUUCAUCGGAGAUCAAUCACCUUUCUACUCAGAGGCUGUUCAUAUGGCAGCAAAUUUGGAUAGAGGAUACUGUGCUUUGGUUGAGGUUCAGGCUUGUGGUUCAAUGGUAACAGAGGAGCAACCACACGCAAUGUUGAUCCCAAUGGAGUAUUUCUUGAUGGGUUAUGGAUUAUACAGACCAUCUUGUUUCUCAGAGAGCCCUAGAAGUCCUCUUAGCCCUUCUUGCAUUUCACCAGAGCUUCUCUCUCCUGAGAGCAUGGGACUCAAGCUUAAGCCUAUCAAAACUCGGAUUGCGGCUUAAGUGUACGUGCACCCUACUGAUUCAUUGGUUCUAGUUUUGCUGAGGAGACAAUCUUAGGGCUUUUGUAGAUAUAGAAACACUUAGGGAGACAAAUUCAAUCAAAACAUAUUCUUUUGUAGUCAGCCAUGAUAAAGACACGACAGUCCACAAAUGUUGUUUAUUAUUUCAUUUUUUUAUAUAUAAAUAUGUAAUUCUGUUGUUGUGACAUUGUAACAAUUGUUUUGUGAUGACUCUGCACAUUUUAGUAAUCAAGUUCAAUAACUACAUUUUUUUUCUUUUUCUUUAUGCGACUUUGUAACAAUUGCUUCGUGUUUGGACUCUGCAAU